AUAUUAAUUUCACAAAACUAGCAUGAGUUACGGUUUGUUUCUCUCGAUUACAAGUCAUGGGAUUGUCGUGUAUGGCUUGCUACUGACUGUUUUGUCGUCGGAGAUUGACCUCAACGGUUAUCUCCUGUACUGUCCUUGUAUGGGCCGUUUUGGCAACCAAGGCGAUCAUUUCCUAGGAUCUUUGGCCUUCGCUCAUGGUCUCAACCGAACGCUAGCUCUUCCUCCAUGGGUUGUGUACCCAUCUAAGCCAGUAGCAACAUCUAGCCACGUUCCUUUCAAGGAUUGGUUCCAAGUCUCCUCUCUCCAGAAAUAUCAUCGAGUGAUGCCAAUGGAAUACUUUAUGGACAAGCUAGCACCAGAAGUUUGGCCACCCGGCAAAAGAAAAGGAUUCUGUUAUGGAGAGCCUGGUAAUGAUUGUCCCAUGAAGCGGGGUAAUCCAUUUGGUCCUUUCUGGGACCGGUUUGGUGUGGAUUUUGAUGACUCUGUGACCUACACGAGGUUAUCAUUCUCAACUCACCAUAAUUGGGUUAGAGAUGAAUGGAACAGGAAGUUUCCACCCAAAGACUAUCCAGUUUUGGCUUUUAUGGGUGCUCCAGCAGCGUUUCCAGUAGCUGAGGAAAAUAAGUGGCUUCAAAAAUACCUCAAAUGGUCUCCUGCAAUAAUAAAGAGAGUCCAAGAGUUUAUUAACAGGGAGUUACCUUCAGGAGCAUGGAUAGGAAUUCACCUAAGAAAUGGAAUUGAUUGGGUUCGUGCUUGUGAGCAUGCUGAUGGAAUAACAAAUAUGAUGGCUUCACCUCAGUGCUUGGGUUAUCAGCCAGCAGUCAAGCUCACUAGAUCCUUGUGUCUUCCUUCAAAACAGGACGUUUUGAAGGAAGUGAAAAAGCUAGUCAAAUCAAUCAAAGCCAAGGGUGUGUUUGUAGCAACAGACAGUGAUCCUAUGCUAAAAGAACUACGUGAACACCUGAAAGCUCUUAAGAUGAAGGUAAGUGUGGUAACCUCUUUUGGUGGCCAUGACUGGUCACCACAGCUGGACCUAGCUAUUCUUGGUCAAGCCGAUCAUUUUAUUGGAAACUGUGUCUCCAGUUUUACUGCAUUUGUGGUACGUGAAAGGGAAGCUGCAGGCAAACCCUCUUCUUUUUUCGCUUUUCCGAAAAUAAAAGUAGGUGCUAAAGUGGAACUCUAGCCGUUGCCAACAUGUCAUGUAGAAAAACAAAUUCCAGUAGGGUAUAUCCGCAUUGUUUGGUGUAAUUAGUUCAGGUGUAAUUAGUUCAGGUGUCAGGGUACAAUGCGCACGCGUCUUUCUAAACACUACGUGCAAGUGUGUGACAUUGUGAUCAUAUGACGCACCGAGAAAUUUGAGCACGUCAUGAGAAGCUUUGUCGCUGACGUCAACUAGGUGAAAGGUGAGGUCACCUGUGUUGUGAUUGGUCAGCAUUUGCUGAUGACCACAAAUUAGGCUAUUCACGUGAAUAGGCACACGACUAAUAAAAAGCAAGCGAGUGGCGGGCACAGCUCACUUCCCGUUCGAGAGAUGGAUGCGUACUACUUACUUCAGGUUUCACUUCAUAAAGCAUCUCGUGCUCAACGGUGUCGUAGCGGACCAUCUCUACGUGAGAACCUUCUCAUAGCGAGUGUCGUUAAUCGUGCGAGAGCUGGCAUUCUCAACGGUCAGACGUUUGUACAGGUCGUUGGUUCACCGCCGCCUCAGAAAUGCGAGUCAGACCAAACAGACUAUGAUUUGAGUUCUCGAAGUGACACGGACGAUGAGUCACAGUACGAGGAAAUGCAAUCAAACAUGGAUGUGGUUUACUCGUCACAAUCAGAAGACUUGAUUUCACAUCACGUACACAUGGAAAUGGAGAGACGACGGACAUCCUCACAUGUUUGGAAUGGAGGGAACUGCCGGAAAAGGCCACGUGUAACAACAGACGGUUCGACUUCCAAGACCUCCUACAGGGAAGUGGGUUCGAUGAUUGACCCCGUUGCCAGCCACAAAGGCACGCCCAUGCAUUCUUCUGUGGAGGCGGAACAGUUCCAAGGCUGCUCGACAGAAAAGGACAGCAAGUCUUUUUUAGACUUUAGUAGGGCGUGUAAACGCCCGCGGUUUGAUUCAGAGCCUUUUCAUCAUGUUUGGUGGGAACAAACUUUACCACAUCAAAGACUGUGGCAAGAAGCUCUAGUUUUCUAGCUUGUAUUGCACUGUUAAAAGUUGUUGUAGGAAAUUAGUUGUUGUUACAGUAUGUUGAGUGGAAGCUGAGCUUUCAAAGCUGUUUGUAGCUGGCCUACAAAUGGUUAUUAUAUUUAAUAAACAUAAUUCUUAGGUAUUACACUACAUCUAAUAAAAGAAUUAUGGUCAGUAUGUAA